GGAUGAGCAAGUAUGCGCCGUGCUUGCUCUGCUGCUUUUAAGUGAAGGGAUGCCCCACCCCGCAUGUGCUUUUUACCGUGGUAGUGGUCUUGCAGAGGAUGGCACUUUUUGUGGCUGGAUCUCUCAAGCUCUCCGCGCCUCUGGCGGAAUGCGUUGCGAGCAGGAACGCAGCAAAGCCACAGGAAAGUGCGGCAUUGCGAGCAAGAACACAGCAAAGCCCCAGGAGAGCGAGGCAUUGGCAGUGUAAGUUUGCCAGAGUUUGUCGUCGGAGUUUGCCAGAGUUUGCCGUCUCGUAGUCGUAUUGUCGCCUGCCCGUGGCUGCUUGCAGGCUGCAGAAUGUGAGCUCAUCAAGAUCGCCCCUCCGAUUCUCUCCCGGGUCUACAACCAGCUAGGUGCUGGCAUUGUCAAAUUGACGAGCGCGCGUCAGAUCAAAGCUUUCCCAAUUCCUUUUUUACUUGCGCAGAUGAUCACGACUCUUAUGAUUAUCCACUGGAUUUCGAGUUCGGUUGCCUACGCACUGUCACUGCAAAGCGUGCUCGCAGUGAUGCUUGUGUGCUUCCUCGGCCAGAUGUGCUUUUGGGGAGUUCACUAUAUCGCCGUGGAAAUGGAAGGUCCUUAUGGUGGUGAGGCGAACGACUUAUGUUUAGAGGAUAUGCAGUCGGACAUGAACAGGAGCUUGCUGGCCAUUGCGCAUCCACUGGCGCGGAACACGCCCACGUUCGAGCAUGAUUAUGAUAAGCCGCUGGCCAUGCUCUCCCUGGAUCUCAACUUAGAUAACUUGAGCGCAUGUGCGCAGACUUUGAUGAACUUCCCAAAAGCAUAUCAAGAGACCCAAGAUGCAGGAAUUCGGGAACAAGGCCUUUCAGCGGCGUCGUCAGCAGGGUCGCAGCAGAACUUAGAUGGCGCGGUAGCGAGACUGCGGAGCACUUGAAGGAGGCGGCCGCGUUGAACGGCCGCGAAAACGGUGGUGCGCAUUCGGGCCGAGGCCCGAAGAGCUGGAUUGCGGUCGGCGGUUGCGUCCCCCCUGCAGAAUCAGAGCCUGCCUCUGACCCGUCUGCAGGAUCAGGCACAACGGAGACCGUGCGGCAGAGGGCUGCCUCGUCACCGCCAAGCAGAAUAUUGGGCACGUACUCGAUGUAGCUGUUGCCUUUUAUUUGCGAAGAGUUGGACCGCCAGUCCCGCUUUUUUUCAUGGUGGUCGUCUUGCGUAUCUUGUGUGUUGACGCUCGGUCCGGCACGGCCCGGCCCUGGCCCUGUUGUAAUUGAUAGCCUGCACUGUUCGACGUGCUCCCCCCCCGGGACGGCCACACAGGAGCGCAGGGCAGACGAUGGCCACGACGUCUCUGCUCGCUCUGCUGCCCGGCGGGAAGGCUAUCGGAUUCCCUCGCACACGAGAAUUGUCUUGCAAGCGCGCCAAGCGCGCUCGUGUCACCUCGCUCCGUAUCAGUGGCUGUCCGCACUCCGUCGGCGGUCCUCCACCGCUCUACAGCGACCAGGGUUUAUCUCGGCUUGCACGGCAAACGUCAGUCUUCUCGGUCUCACGAGUGCCCCAAAGAGGCAGCGAGUCGUAAGGCUCUCUGGGGGCUAGGCCUGGCAGAGCCUCUCUGAAGGAGAGCGCAGACGAUGGACGGAGGAGCCCUUAUGACCGUCGUCAUUGCCCAUGGCCCCGCAGAUGCGGCCAGGGCUGAGGGCUCCACCUUGGCCUCGAGGCAGUCGCGCAAGAGCGCCCGCUGCGGGUACCGACUUCUCUGGGCAGUGACCUCCCUGCGCAGAACUGGCCCUGGCAUUGAGUCGGGCGUGUCUCUCCACCGGAGGAAGAUUCAAACAUCUUACAACAAUAAAACAUUGUUUUGGGCCCGCGCUGGCUAGCAUGAUAAAUUCACGUUGGAGAGCUGUUGGCAAUUUUCGACCUCUGGAUGCUCUUGCCAGGCCUUGGGCCUCGGAUGCAUUUUUUUCCUUUGCUCACAUUGUCAUUCUCUUCCUCCUUAUCCCCCUUCCUAUUUUGUUGUGUUGCCUGGGCGACUUUGCUUAGCUGCGUUCGGCGCGAGCACCAUCAAUCAGCCGCUCUUAACGACGUUCCUGGUUGACGGCAUGCCCGCCGUCGUUGACGACAUGUUCGCCUUUGUGUGAAAAUGAUCGGCCUUCGUUGACGACAUGCUUGCAUUCCAAUCUCGCGAAAGGGGCG